AUGGCAGAUAAAAUAUCCCAUAUGGAGCAGGAGCGCCGUUUAAAAGAAGACUUGCAUAACCACCCCUUUCCCGUCAACCCAUCUGUUACGGAAAACUCGAGUACUUCCAUCUAUGGGCAUCAUCAAGAACCAACAUCUGAACAGCCACGAACUACGCUUCAAGAAUCCCCAAGCAACCAACGACAAGAGCGCAAGACGGAGAAGGAGAAUGUCUUCGGUGUUGCCAAGGAUCAGUCCUUUUCGGCCACAGGCCUCCUUGGACCACCGCUCUUUCUCUUCGUCACGUGUCUCGGUCUAGGAGUCGCCACCGUGUUCACUGUCUUCGCAUCGGCUCUGUCCUGUUUCCUCUUAUCCGUGGUCGCCUGUUGUACGCUUUUGACGGCCAUGGCGAUCUUCGGACUUUCCGGAUACUCGGUCUUCCAAUUGAUCAAGGUCUCGCGGGACCUGACCUCUACGGUACGAGACUAUAAAACGGUGUUCAUGCUUAUGGGUUUCACGGGAGGCUACGUGACUUGGUUCUGUUACGUUGCCGGAUGCUGGGUUUAUGAGGGAACUGAGCCGGGUAACUCGUUCUACCUUUACACCACGACUGUGUUCCUGGCCUUUCCCAUGAUCGCAGUGUCAAGACACCUCAGUCUCACCGGGAAGCGCCGCGCCAAGAAGCCGGUCAGAUCCGGUCACGGCGCGUCGUUGACACUGGACUAUCGCCUCUAUGUACUUGGCUCUGGUGGUCAUACUGCAGAGCUUCUUGGAAUGAUUUCACGAAAACCGGCCACAGGAACCAAUGUAUUUCGUCGCUGGGUUAUCCACAAGGGAGACACCAGGUCGGUGACAAAGGUCGAAGAGUUUGAGAAGAGACUUGCACAUCAGCAUGGCGUUCUUGCGGGACGUUUCGACAUUGCAUAUGUACAACGUGCUCGCGAGAUUCACCAGAAGUGGUUGUCUGUCCCCAUUACGGCGUUGCUCAGCGGAAUAGACGUGCUCAAGGCCCUGUCUACUGGAAUAUCGAACCCCGAGCGCGAACCAGGCUUCAUCUACCCUCGACUGAUCGUCACGAACGGACCGGGAACCGGCUUUGUCGUCGGCUUGAUUGCUUGGUGCCUUAAGCUCAUCUUCAUCAUCCCUGCGGAGCGUUGCCGCAUCGUCGUUGUUGAGAGCUUCACGUGCGUUGACUUUCUGAGUCUUACCGGACGAAUGUUCUACUAUUCCAACAUCGCCGAUGCGUUCAUCGUUCAGUGGGACGGGGUCCACGAGCAGUAUCCCGGAUCUCGCCUGAUCAAGUUGUUAGCUGCAUUUGGAGACGCCACAAAGGACCCCGCCUAG